CAAGGUCACGCGCUACAAAGUUCAGAGAUCGACUAUACACCGGUGUAAUAAUGGAGCGUUGGACAGGGCGUGUAGCUCUUAUUACGGGUGCUUCAGUAGGAAUAGGGGCUGCUCUGGCCAGGAGACUAGUCCAGCAUGGAAUGUUAGUGAUUGGCUGUGCACGAAAUGUACAGAAGAUCCAGGAACUAGCCCUCGAGUUGAAGAGUGAGAAGGGCACUCUGACGGCCAUCAAGUGUGAUGUCACUAAGGAAGAAGAGGUGCUGGCCAUGUUCACCAAGGUCAAGGCUGACUUUGGAGGUGUUGACAUCUGUGUCAGCAAUGCUGGCCUUGCACACGACUCCCCAAUACUGACAGGGGACACACAACAAUGGAGGGAGAUGUUGGAUGUGAAUGUGCUUGGUCUGGCAAUAUGUUCCAGAGAGGCUGUCAAACAGAUGCGAGAGAAAGGGGUAGAUGACGGCCACCUUAUUCUUCUCAACAGUAUGUCUGGUCAUCGAAUUAUCAACAGCAGUCCCGGACAUUUCUACUCUGCCACCAAGUUCAUGGUCACAGCCUUAACUGAGUGUCUGAGACAGGAACUCAAUGACCUCAGGUCUCACAUCAGGGUCACAGGCAUCAGUCCAGGGAUGGUUUACACUGAGUUCCAAGGUAGGAUGUUCAAGGACGUGAACAAGGGAGACCAAAUAUGUACUGCCUACAAGACCCUGGAAGCUGAUGAUGUGGUAGAUUCCAUUAUAUACGCAAUAGGAACUCCAGGUCAUGUUCAGGUCCACGACAUCCUACUUCGCCCUACAGAGCAGAGUUCAUAGAGGAACCAGUCUAAUGCUCAGCUAGUUAUAAUAGUACUAGACGGAAAGGACCUUGGUCUUUGACUCAGCUAGUUAUAAUAGUACUAGACAGAAAGGACCUUGGUCUUUGACUCAGCUAGUUAUAAUGGUACUAGACAGAAAGGACCUUGGUCUUUGACUCACCUAGUUAUAAUAGGACUAGAC